CUGCAGCUCGCCGGACUCGACGACCUCGCGCAGCGGAGGCUGGAUCGCCCCGGUGUCCCACGGCGUGGUCCCUUGCACCCAGGCUUGGUCCCAGCUGCUUGGGUCCUCUGUCACUAUCUCCCGGAGUCGGACGCGCGCGGCUGCCAUGGCUUCUCGAGUGAUCUCGGCCCCGAGUGUCCGAUGACCAACAGCGAUCACUCAAUAGGGGUGAGAUCAACUCGAGCAUUCAACGGAGUCGACAUCUACCGAAAUCAGUGUCCUGAAACGUGGUUUGGGAAAGAGGAGCCAGAGCGGGAAGACGAUUAUCACACAGUCGGCAAUCGCGUAUCUGCUACCGCGCUCUAUAAAAGAGGGACUCAGAUAAGGGAGAAAGAAAGCGGCCUCCCCCUACAUAUGAUGACUACUCCCGGAGAAUCCGCCACUUCGAGCCCCCUCGUGAAAGAGCUGGGAUUGCUGAAGCAUCCCGAAGGGGGAUAUUAUCUGGAAACAGACCGACAGACGGAUGAAGUGCCCAGCCCAUUCGUCGGGGGAGUCCGUAGAUCACUAGCCACUUCAAUCUACUACCUGCUCGACUACGACCGCCCAAGCGGUGUGAUCCACAUGAACAAAUCGGUGACAUACCACGUUCUGCACCAAGGCCGGGCCGAAUAUACGUUAAUCACGCCAGGAAAAGGCGACAUCCCUCCCGUCAUCGAGCGGAAGGUGAUCGGCACGGGACCGAACGAGACCCGACAGCUGCUCGUAGGUACCGGUGUCUGGAAGAUGUCAAAACUUCUCGACGAGGAUGUCGCAAGCGCGGAGACCUUAGAGGAGAAGAGACAGCUGGGGUGCUUGAUCACGGAGGUCGUCGUGCCUGGCUUUGCUUGGGAGGAUCACUGCUUCCUGACGAGAGCGGAACUGGAAGAGUUGGUCAAAGAUCUUCCUGAGUCUGAUUCUCAGGGUUUAGCAGCAUAUGUGAGGGCAGAGACUAUAUCCCUCGGCCCAGUCAAUUGAAUUUUGUCGUGUGUCUAUCUGUGUCGUUGGCGUGAGCUGAUUUCAAUGGUGUUUGAGGCACGCUUGUUUCACGUGAUCGCGCAGUGACCACGUGCCUCGAGCGUGGACUUCCUGCUAAAACCAUCCUUUGCCACUACCACCACAUUAUCUCACAGCCAACCACAUUAUCUCACAGCCAACCCCACUGUCUUUACUCCUUCGUCUCUUGAUCUCAUUGAUUGCAAGAUGAUCCAUCGCAAGCGCCGUGGGCGGCGUCCCAUUCUCGCUCGGACCACCCGAAUCAAAUCUCUCCCCUUUAGUUUCAGUUUCCCUAAUCUCGAGUCUAUCCUGAACGAAGAGUCAAAAGCCAGCUCGGAACUAUCUUCCCGAAACUCCCCCUCAAGCAUUGGGUGGGUCACUCCGCUCGGAGGCGACAUCUACGCUCCCGGGACAACAAUCCCUGUCAAAUGGCUUGCAUCUGCCGCGCUCUCGUCCCCGACACUCAAGCUCUGUGCCAGCCCUGCUUCUGCUGUCUCCGCUCCCGCCGGUUUCUCGUCGAGGGAUACUUUUGGAUCAGGACUAGAGGACGAAUCAGUCUCGACGUGUGGACCAGGCAUGAAGCCGCCGAUCACGGAGAGUGCGGGGGUCUACCAAGCUCCAUUCAUGAUUUCGACCGGACCUACCACGGGCCAGUACUAUAUCUUGCUUGAGGAAAGCGCAGCUGGAGGUGCGAAGAUGCGGUCGCCAGUGUUCACUAUCGAUCCCACUGGCGCAGCCUCAUCCGGCCCCAACUCCAUUCAACAAUCUCCACCAGUCGCAGCCGCCAACGUUCCUCAAGCACCAAUCGCAGCUCAAGCACCAAUCGCAGCUCAAGCACCUUUCGCUCCAAGCCAAGCCUUUCCCGUCAUCUCGUCUUCUCUGUCUCCGCCUCAACAAAGUCAAUACUUCUUCUCAGAGACACAACCGGCGCCAAACUUGGCUGCUGCAACGCAAGCGAUCAAAUCUUCGGUGUUUCCACUGUCAACCGCCAAUGUGCUUACGACCAAGGCCGCGCCUCCACCUGCCGCUGCCUUCGUCGUCCCACUGUCGACUGUCGGUGCCGUGAUCCUGUUGGCAGGGCUGUUCUUCUUUAGGCGGCGGGCCAGCUCGGAGAAGCCUCCCCAAGCGACUCGUGCGCAGCCCGGCGACGACGACGACGUCAAGCCGCACAUUUGCCAGCCGAUGUCACAACUUCCACGCCGCCCGCACGGCGAGGAGCAGCGAGCCACCUGGAUGCCGAAACAGCGGAGGAUCAGCCGCAA